AUGAAGAUGCUUCUUGGCAUCUUAGUCUUUCUUCUCUUCGCCGACGGCGUCACUGGCUUCAAAAUUGCUUUGGACGAUCAGAAAUAUCUCGUCACAACUGUGAACAAGAUGCGAAAAAGCAUGGCAGAGAAGUGGCGAGUCGGGAACAUGCACGAGCUGGUGAAUCUGAAUCUGCUCACGAAGUAUUCAACGAGCUUAUUCGAUUUCAGACUUGGGACGAGGCACUUGUCACCAAGAUCAAAGGUUUGUCCAUUGAUUGCGGAAAAACGAAGCCCGGACCCGACUAUCGCUUUUUAUUUGUCAAUCCCGACAGCAAUAUGAUGCAAUGGGUGGAGAAUGAACUUCCCCCACACACGAUGCAGUUAUUGAAAGAUAUGGAAGCAAAAGAAUACGAUAAGGUUUCCAAUGUGUUUAUUGAUAACACGCUGAAACUAUCGGAUUCGCUCGGUAUUUUUGAGUUGACUAACCCGACUCAAACAAAGAUUGGGUGUGCCUCGCAGAGUUGUUCGAUGGCUAAUGCAAAAUAUGAGGGAGUUUGUCUGCUGGGACCUGUGUAAGUGAAGCAAAAAUCGGUCAAAAAGGUCUUCUUCGUUUUUUUAGCAACAGCUUGAAUGAUAAGAAUUUCGUGCUCGACAAAGCUGCCGGAUCCGCUUGCCCGACCGGAACGAAGGCUGUCGACGGACUUUGCAGAUCAUCCUCCUCGUCUCAGCAGUUCACCGUCCUUUCCCUCGUCAUCUCUCUUUUCAUCUCCUUCUUCUAGUGAAUGUGACCAAUAAAUGAGCUGUUUCUGCACUGUUGGCUGAUUCGGGACCGGUCAACAAUGAAAAUCCUUUUUUGCAUCGGAACUCUGCUGCUCUUUGGCGCCUUUUUUGUUGAUUAAACGUUUGUGAAUGAGUUGCCUUCCGCUAUUAUUGUCGGGUGCAAACACCCGUGGUGCCAUUUCAGCCACGCAUCACAUCUCUUUUCGCAACUCAAGUCGCAAGACACGCCAUUAUAAUGCCCUAAUGUUCGUAUCGUCAAGUGCGCCAACGGCGGCUGCUGACGCGCGGAGAAGCGUGAAACGCGCCAGGAAAUUCCCCUCUCUAGUUUUGGCCUAAAAUUGAUCAGUCUUUGUGUUUUGCCGGAGAUCCGGUGUGUUUUUCCCUUAAUUGUGUUCUUUGAUUGUAAAAAUUGAUUGUUAAGCCACUUGGCGCAAAAUAAAGCAGGUGUGUCAGUGGAUUGUGAGCAGAGAGGAGAGGCUCUUCUGAAGACGAGGGUCUUUGGAAAGCUCCAGACACGUGGAAAGACCGCGACUUGGGGGCCGAACAACCGAAUUCGUGGAGAGAUCGCGCCGAACGACGAAGAAGUCCUCGGAAGAGAAGUCCGCGAAAAGAAGAAAAGAAAAAAGAAGAUCUGAAGAAAAGAAGAUUUUUUUUUGUGAAAGCGCUAGAGUCUGCGACAGUAUAAACGGCAGGUCUCGAACGCAAUAACAAAUUCGGGUCUCGUGACAGGAAUCACGGCGAGAACUGAAAUUGUAUUGGUGUGAAUUGUGAUCGUUAGUGACAGAAGGUUGUCAUUAUCGAUUUUUCCGAGAGAGAGAGAAGUUGGGUGCGCGGCAAACCAAUUGAUCUUGCAAGAAAGACGAGUCACCGGAGGAGAGAGAACAAUUCUCAACUCCCAGUGAAUACUUUUCCGUCGGAAAUAUUGAUAGUGCCGGAAGAGAGAAAAAGGCGAAAAUUACGAAAAUCGAUGAGAAAGUCAAAAAGUCGGGCAUUUGAAGGAGAAAAGAAGAAAUACGCCGAAGAAAUUCAGGAAAUUUUGGAGAAGUCUAUCAGUUCGCAUCCGAUUCUAUCGAGUUGAGUCGAUCUGAAACAGAGUUUUGAAAGAAAGAGAAGGAUCAUCCGAGGUUUCACUUGUGUUUCGCAUUUCUCGCGUCGUGUUUUUGUCGUCACCGCAAAAGUCGGUACGAGAAAAAGAGCAAUUUUGCAGACAAGCUACCACAAACUGGAGAGAGAAGGAAAUGGAGAUGGUGGGGAAACGAGUGAAGCGAGAGCCAAGGCCAGCAGCUCAAAUGGAUCCGGAAGCGACGCGUCGAGCCGCAACAAGGAGUACGAAGAAGAACUCUUGAGGGAUUCGAUGGGCGAAGAAGAAGAGACCACGAUGGAAUGGGUACGAUUAAAAAGCAUUAGAGAAAAAAAAAUAAUGAGAUGACGAGGAGAGAGUUAGCCCAGCAUCUCAGAAUCUUUGCAAAGCUCAACGAGUCUGAAUCGAAGAAAGUAAUUAAUAAGGUCAUGGAAAUAGUGGAGGAAAGAGAGAAGGUGAUUGCAAAUAGAGAAGAGCACAUAAGUACACUCAGAGAGGAAAAAAAAGUGCUGGAGUAUUACUAUUCCCAAUUGCAGAAUGGAGAGCCCGUCGGAGCUGAGAAGAGUGGAGCGCAAGGAGUCAAGCCGCCGCAACACGAGCAAGAGCCAGAGCAAUGGAAGGCCACAAUCGAAGAACGUGGAAAGAGGGAGAAUCGGAGAAUGUGAGGUCAACUUGAUCAUUGACAGCGGAUCGAGCAUUUCCGUAAUUGCAAAGAAUACGUGGGAAAGAAUAAUUCGGGAAAACGGACAAGAAUGGAAAGAAGGAAUUGUGCUAGAAAAGCCAGAGUUGCAGACAGUGUUCACGGUGAGCAAUCAGCCAAUGGAGCUGAUGCAUCGGGUAACGGUACAAACAGAUUUGCAAACCAGAACUCGAGAUGUAACUUUUUACAUUGCCAAUGUUGAAAGAGAUUCCCGUUAUUCUUGGCACCAACGCUUUCGAGGCUAUGGGAAUUAAGAUGGAGAUGGAAACGAUGGAAGAAAAUGUCUGCCAGGUGCAAAUGGAUCAGAAAUUGCUCGAGGAGAGGGUGGAAAAACUCUGGAAACAGCUGGAAAGAGAAGAAACAGUGUCAAGGGUCGAAAUGAGAAAGUUAAUUGAGGAAUUCAUGGAUAUUUUUGCGCUGGAUGACGAUGAAUUGGGUCGGACGAAUGUCAGUACGUGCAAAAUAGAACUGGCCAAGGGAACAGUGCCAAUUCGGCAAAAACCGAGACCUAUUCCGCUGGCGGUACGUCCAGAAAUCAGGAAAAUGUUGAGAAAGAUGCAGGCGCAGAAGUCACCGCGUUCGCAGUCGGGAGUGAGCUUUUUGAGUGGAAUGUCUUGCCGUUCGUUCGUUUCAGGCAGCAAUGGAGUCAAUAGUGGUUUGAUCUGCUCGGAAAAUGUGCACAAGUCUACGUGGAUGAUCUGCUGA